AUGCUCGGGAUAGCGUCCUUCUCAGCGUCUUUCAGGUGGCUCUUCCAAUACCCCACUCCCGAAAACGAAAAGUUCGGAGGCGUGUUUCAAUUCUUGACCAUCAUCGGGUUGGCGCUCGCGCUGACGAGUAUGGCCCUGGGACUGCUCGCCGACGUGACCUUGAGUUCUACCCUCUUCAAUGCAAAGAACGUGAUUUCGGUGUGCUCGACACCUCUGGAAGUCCUGGUCAGCAUCCUCUAUUGGGGCAUCACUCUUAUCGACAAGCGUCUCCUGGCCCCCGAAGAGUUCCAGCUACCUUUCUUGCCGGAUUUCGGCUUCCACGCAAUGCCAGCAAUAAUGUUGACAUUGGAUCUCCUGCUCCUCAGCCCUCCAUGGACUAUCAAAUUCCAAGGUGCAUUGACUCUUAGCACCUUCCUGGCCUUUGCUUAUUGGGCAUGGAUUGAAUACACCUUCUCGUACAAUCAGACUUACCCGUACCCCAUCUUUACCCUUCUUACCACGCCUCAGAGGGUUGGACUCUUCACAUUCUCUGGAAUCACGUGUGCCAUCAGUACUAUGGGGCUUAAAUGGUUAUAUGGAAAGAUCAACGGCAUUGAGGAGUUCAAGAAAGAGGCUGCAAACCCGGUCAAGCUCGACUGA